AUGGAAGACCAGCAAAAGAAUCUAGGACUAGAUUCCUCAAAGGCGUCAGCCAAAACGAAGAAUCAAGCUGAGUGGGAAGCUGCCGCUGCUGCACGCUACCUUGCAGCCGGCGACCGGUACAAGGUACUGGAUGACGUGCUAUCGAAGUAUCAGAAUGCACCAGUGGAUGAAUUGUUGAGGACUUUACCACCGCAGAUAUUCCAUGAUGGGGGUAGUCGCCUGCCAAGGGCAUCAGUGCUGACAGAAUGGAAGCUUGGUCAGAAGCCACCUAUCGCAGUGAAGAAGAGGGAUGGAAGCUCGAUGAAUGAGGUGAACGAGAAGCAGGAGCAGAUCGCAAAUCAUAGUGUAAUGGGUACUGGCGACCCAACAAGCUCAACAUCUGGCGAUCUUCCUAGCGUUCCAUCUCCUGAG